CGAGAAGUAGAGUGACGGUAGUUCCCGGAUCGGGGCGGAGAGGCUGCGGUGCACCACGUGGGAUUGCCGCCGGGGCUGACUCUCCGGCUGGCGCGUCCGGCUACUGCGUCUAGGGUCAAGUGGGAACCGUGGAGAUGCGCAAGGAAACGGCUCCUGCGGUAGUGCCCCCGGCGGCCCGCGAGUGGAACCUUCCCCCUAAUGCGCCCGCCUGUAUGGAACGGCAGUUGGAGGCUGCGCGGUACCGGUCCGAUGGGGCGCUGCUCCUCGGGGCCUCCAGCCUGAGUGGCCGCUGCUGGGCCGGCUCCCUAUGGCUUUUCAAGGACCCCUGUGCCGCCCCCAACGAGGGCUUCUGUUCCGCCGGAGUCCAGACAGAGGCCGGAGUGGCAGACCUCACGUGGAUCGGGGACAAAGGUAUCCUGGUGGCUUCUGAUUCAGGUGCUGUUGAACUUUGGGAGCUGGAUGAGAAUGAGACCCUGAUUGUCAGCAAGUUCUGCAAGUAUGAGCAUGACGACAUUGUGUCCACGGUCGGUGUCCUCAGCUCGGGCACGCAGGCCGUCAGCGGCAGCAAAGACUUCUGCAUCAAGGUUUGGGACCUUGCUCAGCAGACAGUACUGAAUUCCUACCGAGCUCAUGCUGGGCAGGUCACCUGUGUUGCCACCUCUCCGCACAAGGACUCUGUGUUUCUCUCAUGCAGUGAGGACAGUAGGAUUUUACUUUGGGAUACUCGCUGUCCCAAGCCGGCAUCACAGUUGGGCUGCAAUGCCUCUGACUACCUUCCCACUUCACUGGCUUGGCAUCCUCAGCAGAGUGAAGUCUUUGUCUUUGGUGAUGAAAAUGGGACUGUCUCUCUAGUGGAUACCAAGAAUGCCAGCUCUGCCCUCAGUGCAGUAGUGCACUCACAGUGUGUCACCAGGCUGGUGUUCUCCCCGCAUAGUGUACCCUUCCUGGCCUCUGUGGGUGAAGACUGCUCACUUGCUGUCCUGGACUCAAGCCUUUCUGAGGUGUUUCGAAGUCAGACCCACAGAGACUUUGUGAGAGAUGCGACCUGGUCUCCACUCAAUCACUCCCUCCUUACCACGGUGGGCUGGGACCAUCAGGUCAUCCACCACGUUGUGCCCACAGAGCCUCUCCCAGCUCCCGGACCUGAGAAUGUUACUGAGUAGUUUGAAUUUCAGACAAAAAUCUAAUCUGUUCCUCUGCCUCACCCCCUUUGCAUGUGCGACCUUAGACAUGAGGUCGAUGUACCAGAUCUGUGCCGCUAAGUGGCGCUGUCUCUGCCAGAGGGAGGCUGGGUUCUAGAAGCCUGUUACAGGGAGGGGAGACUUGGAACACAGAUGUGUAAGUGCUCUAGAUGUGUAGGCGUAGCUCUGCAGGUUUUGGUGGCAGGAGUAAUAACAAAUCCAUCCCACAUCUUGCAUAAACACUGUCUCCAGCCUCCCUCCACCUCGAUUUCCUCUAGCUUCCCCUGCAGCUGAGUUUAUAUCCCUACAUUUUUGGAAGCACCUUUCAAUGCUACUCAUAGGGAUAAGAGCAACUUUUUGUUUGUUUGUUUUUCUUUGUUUGAGCUUUUUUUUUAUUCACAAAAUUCCAAACCAGCCACUUUGAGGAAGAGGUGGGAUAUGUCACAGUUGUACACAAGCUCCUUACCAUC